AUGUUUAACGUCAGUGCCACUCUCAACGUCUCCAGACUCUUGUACAACCCGAGUUUAUGUCUUCCGCACGUGACAUUGAAAUCAUUUGACCAGAUUUCUCUUCCUUUCAGUAUCCCCAACCAUCCCGAUGUCGAAAUCAAAGGAGUUGUGUUGGAUAAAGACAAUUGCAUAGCCAAGGACCACGACGACAAAAUAUGGCCCGCUUAUGAAGAAACUUGGAAAAAGCUCCAGGGUGCCUUUCCUAAAGAGCACCUCUUAAUUGUAAGCAAUUCUGCUGGAACUAAUGAUGAUAUCAAUUAUACCCAAGCCAUUAAGUUGGAAAAAGAUACUGGGGUUACUGUAUUGAGACAUCCCACUAAGAAACCAGGCUGCUUUGGAGAAAUCGGCGAAUACUUCAAGCAAUUCGAUAUACUUCCUCACGAAAUACUCAUUGUGGGCGACAGGCUCUUCACUGAUAUGUUGAUGGCCAACAUGAUGGGCUCUUGGGGUCUCUGGCUCAGCGAUGGUGUAGAACAGUCACAAAAGGUGUUCCCCAAAAUGGAAAGACAGUUGUACAGUAGACUAGUUGCUAGCCAAGGUGAAAACCCCUGGGUUCCCCCAACGCCGACCAGCAACUUGUAG